UCAUCUUAUAAUCAUGUGUGUAUCCUUAUGAAUAUGUCCAAUCAUACAAUCUCCCGUUAAGUGUAUCAAUAACACUUUAAGCUUGGUCAGUAUUAGGUACUUGUACUAACAUACAGAUUCAUUAAGAAACUUUCUCAACAAAGUUGCAGUAUAAUGGAAUUAUCAAGCCUGAGCAUUCUCUUGUUAUUGUCAUGGUGUUCGUAUAUAGAUGGAACAUCACAAGGAGCAUUAAAAGGGGCAUGUAAUGAUAUGACCCCACAGCAUUCAGGAAACAGCCCUCAGUCCACUGCACCACCAUUCCAAAUAACUGUAGAUAAGACAAUGUACGAAGGAGGUGAUGUUAUAACAGUAAACUUAUCCAGGACCGCAACAAACCAGUUCAAAGGAUUUUUUAUUCAAGCCAGAAAUCAGGAUGGAACUAAAAUUCCAGGCUUUACACUGGCACAGAACUCUAAAUUCCUACAGUGUGACACUGCAAAUGAUGCCGUUACACAUACAGAAGCUUCUCCAAAAGACAGUGUUACUUUUCAGUUUACUGCACCAGCCACAUCUAGAGGGAAUAUAACAAUUGUAGCGACAGCUGUGGAGUCUUUCAACACUUUCUGGGUGAGGAUUCCCUCGGAAACAAUUGUUGACCUGGCACCUACUGGAGUUUCCUCUACGAUCCUACCAAACUUUAUUGUAGUAAUUGUCACUGUACUCUGCAUAAAUCUUUUUCAACAAUAGAAAUAUCAGUCACUAUUUUUAGGAAGUAAUCAUCGAAUUUUUUUUCUGUAAUUCUAUCAUUAAUAAGGAUAAAUUUUAGCAUUGUCUUAAUGCCAGUACAGUUUGAAAUAUUUGCAAAUGACAAAGAAAUAUAAGGAGUCACAAUACAAUCCCAUACUUAUAGCGCUUCUAAACUUUAAGCACACUCAGCAUUCAUUUCAUUAUCGACUCAUACAUAACAUUUUCAUACGUCACCAAUGUAAUAUUUUCUAAAAUAAAUAUUAGAAUAGAUCUUAA